AACCGACACACGCUCUCUCUCGUCGCAUCCGGAAGAUUCUCGACGGCGGCGAAACCACCUGCGAUUGGAUUCGUCGAUCCAAUCCCUCCUUCGACGCUCCACAAGGAUUUCUGGGGGUUUUAAGGUUAUUUCCGCUGGUUGGGAUUGAUGGCGGAGCACUUGGCUUCGAUCUUUGGUACCGAGAAGGAUAGGGUGAACUGCCCAUUCUAUUUCAAGAUUGGAGCAUGCCGCCAUGGGGACAGGUGCUCCCGUCUCCACAACCGCCCCACAAUAUCUCCCACCCUUCUCCUCUCCAACAUGUAUCAGCGCCCGGACAUGAUCACCACAGGAAUUGAUGCGCAGGGCCAACCUAUUGACCCCCGAAAGAUCCAGGAGCACUUUGAGGAUUUUUAUGAGGACAUCUUUGAGGAGCUCAGCAAGUUUGGUGAGAUUGAGAGCCUCAAUGUCUGUGAUAACCUUGCUGAUCACAUGAUCGGAAAUGUCUAUGUCCAGUUCAGGGAAGAAGAACAAGCAGCUGCAGCUCUUAGAGCCCUUCAAGGCAGGUUCUACUCAGGCCGCCCAAUAAUUGUGGACUUCUCACCAGUGACGGACUUUCGGGAGGCCACUUGCCGGCAGUUUGAGGAGAACAGCUGCAACCGUGGUGGAUAUUGCAAUUUUAUGCAUGUCAAACAGAUCAGUAGAGAAUUGAGGAGGAAGCUAUUUGGACAUUACCGGAGGUCUCAUGGGACGAGCCGUAGCCGAAGUCCGAGCCCAUCCUAUCGGAGAGACUAUCGUGAUAGAGACUACCGUGACCGUGGGGACUACCAUGGAAGUGGGCGGAGGAGUGGAGACAGGCAUGGAAGGUAUGACAGUGAUGGUGGAAGACGGCGACAUGGGAGCCCUAGGCGGACAAGGAGCCCAGUGAGGGAAGGAAGUGAGGAACGAAGGGCUAGGAUUGAACAGUGGAAUCGGGAAAGAGAGGAGAGGCAUGCAUAAUUCAUGUUGCAUGUCUUGCAGUCUCUUGUUUGUCAUUUCUAUUCAUAGGUGACCUAGGCAAGGAGUUCUGUUUGGCCUUCUGCUUCUUUUAUUGUUGAAACACUUUAUGGUCCAGGCAUUUUGAUUGCACUCCUUGAAUUUCAAAAAUGGUCUCUUUGAUCUCACUGUGUGAAUGAGAACUGUGAAUGAGAACUGUGAAUGAGAACUGGGAUCUUUUGUAGUCUAUUACAUAUCUGUUUGGUUUGCCA